AUGACAGCCCCUCAGACCACCCCAUCAGUGAAACCAGCGUCCAAUGACCUGGAUAUUGGUGUCGUCAUUGACGGCAUUGAUAUCGAGCACUUGAAUGACAAUGACUUCCAGCUCAUCCACGACGCCCUCUACGCCCACCAAGUCGUCGUCUUCAAAAAUCAAGCCAACUGCUCCCCGAAAGCCCAGUACGAGCUAACCCACCGCUUCGACCCCACCGCCACCGGCUACGGCCACGGCAAGACCCUCGACGCAAAGAAAAGCAUCCUCCACCCAGACCUAAAAACCGUGCCUCACCAGCCCGAAGUCCAGAUCAUCGGCAACGGCCACCUCACCGAGUACGAAGGCCUGAAGGACUUCAAGCUCGUCCACCCGCACCACCGCAAAUUCCACAAGACCCCCAUCCCGGAAGCUGACGAUCUGACGCACACACGCUUCUACCGCUGGCACAUCGACGCCGCGCUCUACGACCUCAACCCGCCCAAAGUGACGACCCUGAUGGCCGUCUCAGUCCCAAAAGGGCGCCGGCAGAUCCUGCGCUAUGACGACGGCACGGGCGAAGAACUCGAUGUCCCACUUGGCACUACGGCUUUCGUGAGCGGAUACACCAUGUACGACAUCCUCUCCGACUCCGACAAGGAAUUCGUCCGCACGAGCAAAGUCGAGUACGCGGCACACCCGUACAUCUGGAUGAGCGGGGCGAAAUCCCGAUCUGACGGCCUGGGGCUCUUCUCUGACGGGCACGAAUUGUCGGAGUCUGAAUUGCCGCCUAUCGAGGCCAGCAAAAUCCAGACUUUGCCCAUGGUGUGGAAGAAUCCGAUCACCGGGAAGUUGGCGCUGCAGAUGCAUCCGUCUGCGGUCAGGAAAAUCCACCAGGCGGAUGGCACCGUCGUGGAGGAUUUGGAGACUGUUAGGGCUAUUGUGCAUCGUUUGCAACGACCGGGCAUUGAGCCAAAGAGGGUGUAUGCGCAUGAUUGGGAAGAGGGCGAUUUGGUCUUGUUUAAUAAUCAGGGGGUGCUGCACUCGGUUGUGGGGGCUUUUGCGCCUGAGGAGGUGAGGCUGUUUAGGCAGUGUAAUAUUGCUGCUAGUGAGCCGCCGUUGGGGCCGGCUGCUGUGGCUACGGCUGCUUGA